AUGGAUUCUACGCACCCGCACCACAUGAUCGCUCUCAAGCAAGUCAAAAGUUGGGCGCCGUUCAAAAUCGACGCCCUCGGGCUGGUCACCCUCCUCGGCGCCGGCCCGGUAGAUCAAGCCGUCGGCCGCCUUUCGCGGAACCGUUUCGUGGACCAUCUCCCCUUCCUGGCCCUCAACGUGGUCGCCGGCGAUGACAUCAAUCAAGCCCAGCCGGGCUACGCGGUGUACAAUUUCCGCGACGCGGUCGUCACCUCGCAGCUGGCGCCGUGGUUCACGAGGUGGCUGGCCGCGCAGGAUGUCACGCAAUGCUCGUCCUUUUUACACCUCGCCUAUGAUGCAAAAGGCGCAUCGUUCUCGCGCUGGGACAAUGCGCUCUCGAUCAUCGUCUCGAGCGUGGUGCUGGUGUCCAUGGUGCUGCUUGCCGGCCUGACGGAGGACUGGUGGGCAUUCGUAAACGCCGUCUCAUUGAUCAUCUCGGUCAUGUGCCGGCGGUGCAUUCUCCACGAGUUGGUACAUUCGAUUGAUACGGCGGUCGGUACGGUGCCCGAGCAUGAUCCGGCGCGGAUAGGUGUGAAAUGCCUGGUCCAAUUCCCCGACGGCAAAGCUCUGACGCUAUUCACCUCGCGAGGCAUUUUGACGAAGGUGCUUCUCCCACGACCGGCACCCCUUCAUCAUCGCCGCUAUCACCUGGCUCGAUACAUAGCGUGGCUAUGCUUUGGCUUCCACGUCAUCAGUCUCGGCAUGAGUGCACUCGCGAGUCAGCUUGCUACCGUUGUGGUCCUACUGCUCUCAACGGCACUGCUAGUCUUUCGUGUCUUCGCCGUCGAAGAUCGCAUCGGGUCGAAGAUGAGAGUCCGGCGUUUCGACGACCAAGAAGGACACGGAUCUUACCGUCGUACUUAUUCGCGAUUGAAGUUGACAGGAACGGAAGAGCAGUCUCUCGUUGCGUGGAAUUUGGCUCCUCAGCGGACGAACGUCGACUGGUGGAACAAAUAUAGGGCUGGGCUGGCGGACCCUAAUGGUACGCAACUAUGUAAGUUCCUUGACGAUGUGUUGCCAAAGGGGGAAGCAAUGGCGUGGCGAUGA